AUGCCGGACAUCACAGCCCCUCUGCGCAAGUCCAUCGUACGCAUUUUUACGCGCAAGUACAACCUGCAGCUGCACGCGUCUGCAUUGACCUUCAUCGCGGAGGCAUUCGAUCAUCAUGGCUUGAACCAUAAGCAGAGCCAGUGGGACGACGCAAUCGAGUUCCUAGCAAAGGAGUUUAUCAAUGGCGAGCAGUACAAGGAAGGCUCGGAGGGUAAGUCGGGAUUUUCACUCUCUUCUGGUUGGUCUUCGUCCCUCGUCACCCGUGCUGCACUCGAAGCCGUCUACCAGCAGAUGAUGGUCUCCGAGGAGAAUGGGAACGCCACGGCCGCCUCUGGUGGCAACAGAUUCGAAGGCGCGCAAAAUGGCACAAUUGAAUACACGCACGAUGGAGAGAAACUUAGCGAAGGCGCAGGGCCGGAUCCUGCUAACUAUUUCAAAGUCGUCGGUGCAUUCGACAUGCCACGAAACGUCUUUGAUCCUCACCGUAAGAACUUUGACAAAGCCGCUCGAGGGACGUUUCUUCCACUGGCCGUAGCCCGACCCACCGUGCUGAGGGAGCGUCUGAGCGUCGUCAAGAACAUCGUCCUGCGCAACGAGAACUUUCUUCCACCAUUGGCGCUAGGCAAAGGGCGGGAACGCGAGCAGUUUAUGAAGCUCACUUCCAUUAAGAACCUCGCCGGGCGACAAGGGCAACGUUUUCUCCUCUUGGGCCUGCUGUGCACCACGGACGACGGACAAUAUGCACUCGAAGACCUGGACGGGGUAGUCUUGCUGGACCUCAGCGAAGCAAUCCCCGGCGAAGGUAUUUUCACCGAAGGCUGCAUCAUCCUGGUGGAAGGCGAAUAUACCUACUCUGAUCGGCUCAAGGUCUUUGCCAUCGGUCACCCGCCGAGCGAGCCACGGCAUGAAGCACGGGCCAUGUACGGGCACGUAGAUUUCUUGGGCACCGGGUCGAUCACUCUGAAGGAUGAGGAAGUACUCAAGUCAUACGAGCAAAUGCACCACGAAGUGUGCAUGGUCGUCAUCUCCGACCUGCACCUCGAUCAUCCUAAGACGCUCGCAAACUUUCAGACAAUGCUGCAAGGCUAUGUCGAUGCCAAGUUCGUUCCUUUUGUAUUUGUCCUCUGUGGCAACUUUUGCAGCGACGUGAAUGGCACCGGUGACGUAGUGAAGCGAUAUACCGACGCAUUCGGGCGAUUAGCGGACAUCAUAGAAGCAUUUCCUGACGUCCUUCGCACGUCGCACUUUGUCUUUGUUCCCGGCCCAAACGACCCAUUCCCAUCGAAGCUGCUCCCAAAGCGACCAUUACCCGCGUCGAUGACUCAGAAGCUACGCGACAUGGCGCCGAACAACAUCCACUUCACCACCAACCCGUGCCGGAUACGCUAUUUUAGCCAGGAGGUCGUCAUCUUCCGCGAGGACCUAAUGGCAAGAAUGCUGAGAAAUGUCGUCCAGAUCAAAGAUGAGCAGCAGGAGGAGGAAGGGGUCGAUCUGCGUAAAUACCUGGUAUCUACCAUCCUCGAUCAAGCACACCUGUGCCCUCUGCCACAACAGGUCCGACCGAUCGCAUGGGACUUUGACCACACGUUGCGACUGUACCCGAUGCCCACUGCAUUAAUUCUGGCGGACAAAUAUGACCGAUUUGACCUUACGUACGAAACGUGCAAAGUCUUCAGCCCUGGCUCAUUCAGAGGCACAGAGUACGGAUGGUCCACCUUCUACUUUUCCUCAAAUUCGGUCGAAAGGAGGUGCGUUUGUGGCCUUCCUCCAGCAAUUGGUCCCGUGAAGCUGAGCUCAUGA